UUUGUACCAGAAUAUCCCUGAUUAUAUUCGCUAUUAGGCCACGAGGUUCAAUUAAAUCUGGGACUCUAUCAUUAAACAGCAUUGCUAUCCGGAAGUACGUAAUACGUAAGCAGUUCAAGGGUCAACGCUAUUGUAUUUCCGUUGUUUACAUGUGGAUCGAGGGGUCUACGCGGCAUCAGUUAGUUAUUUUCCAUUUGACUCAAGCUUUGGGUGAAGAUUUAGCGAUGAGCGGACAUUGGGGUGAGAUGAGUGGGUCAAUUGUUUCACCUUUGACUUCCUCUAUGGUUGACAUGGAGACCCUGGCCAUGAAGUCACAGAGUGUCCAGGUCAAAGUGCCUCAUCUUCAUCAACCUUCUGCUCAACAGAAGCCACAGAUUCAUCAAUUGCAGUCUGAGUUAUGCAGACCUGAUGUGACCAGUCUGCACUCAAUAGAAUUACUCAAACACUGCAGGCAAAUCAGAACAAGAAUGCUCACGCACCACCAUCAUCAAGAAUCCUCGAAAGGAGAAGAGAGAUUCAGCAAUACCAGGCUACCACCCCUACCGCCCCAGCCUCAGAUACAAACCACUGAUAAGCCAUCUAUCCCCGUCAUCACUGGUAUCAAAGCAAGACCAGAGUGUCCAAGAUUAAAACUGCCUGAUGGAAGUGUCGAGAUUGACGCUGGGAUAGCCAGACAACUCACCUGUCGAGCAGUCGCCACCAUCUGUUCACAUAGUGGAUAUGAUUCAAGUCAGGAAUCUUCAUUGGAAACAUUAACAGAUGUUCUUCAGGAGUUCUUAUGUAACACUUGUAAACUACUCAGAGUAGCCGUAGACAGGGAGGCUCUUACUGGCCACACGGGAUUCCAAGACACCCUCACCCAAGUUUUCCAUGAGAUUGGUGUCGGGAGCACUCAGACCCUUAUCAGUUUCUGGAAGACCAGGAUACGAGACUAUCAUGACCGCAUCCUGAAACAGACCGAGGACAUUAGAGGGAAAUACGAGGACAUGAAGAAUCCAAAUUACCAGCCACAAGACGACAAGUCACCAAGGGUGAAAGAAGAGCCUCUGUCUGAUAUUUCCUUCCAUGAUUCUCAGUCACAACCCCAUGACGAUAGCCACGAGAACAAUAGUGAAACUUCCUCAUCUGAGACACCAUCCAAUCAGCCACUCUCUUUCCACAGCCUCAGUGGGAUGGACUUGGAUGACUCCAGUGGUGCAGUGACGGUGGUUGAAAGGGGAGGAGAGAGAAGAGAAGGAGAGGAGGAGGAGGUGGAUGAGAGCAGCAGUGAAUGGUACCAAGGGGUAAAGGAAGAAGAUAACGGGGAAGAUGCAUCAAGCUCGUCGGCGGGGAUAGCUGGUGUGAAGAGAGAGCUGAUGAGUGGGGAGGAUGAGAAUGCACAGGACGUGAAGAUUGAAGAAGCAAUAAUUGGGGAAUCCCCUCUUAUAUCCCACUUGCAAACAAGCCACGCCCUUGAUGUUGAUAACACCUCGCCCGUGGAAAAGAAGAUACACUUGAAUAUGCCACCUAGAAAGAAGAAGAAGAAGUGAAUUGAUUUAGAGAUCAUUUUUGUCUCGCCUGCAUAGCAGAAGUGUUACAUACAUAUAGGCAGCGGCAUCAGAAUGGAAAGUGUAACCAAGGAUUAGUUUUUGAAAUUUCAUCAUAACUUUAAAAACAUGUUGACCUUUUUCAUGAAACUUGGACUUAAGGGUAAUAAAGUAUCACUUAGCAUCAUGCAAUAGUUUCGGGUCACAUGAUCAGGCUACAGGUCAUUUAGAAUCGAUGAACUUUCAGCAUGUUGUGGUAUCAAUAUCUUAACCCUUAAUAAACUUGACAAAUUUCACCGCUACGCCGCCGCACAAAUUUUUUUGACUGCGACGCCCGGGUACACGCUUUUGAAAUCACAUAAUAUUUUGUAAGCACAUGUUGGUCCCAAAAUUGCUCAAAAACAUGAUUACAUGUACUAAGUCAAUGCGAAUUGUGUUUUUCAACUAAAAAUCAUAAAUG